AGUCCAGUUAUUUCUUCCUACUCACGUCCAAAGCACACAUUGAAAUACUAAACUUUGAAAUAGUAACAUACUCAUUUUAGAAUCAAAAGUCUUGUAUCAAAGAAUGACUUUUCUAUCACCAGGUAUGCUGAUGAUUUGGCUAUGUUUGAUUACCUCUCCAGUACAAGGACAUGUUGUUUCAGAUUGUGAUCCUGCCGUUUUUAUCUUGUUGGGAUCCGAAGCGUCAGUUCCUGGCUGGGUCGGGUCAUCCGUCACCUUACCCUGUCGUCUUUCUCCUGCCAUCAGUGCAGUAUCAUUUGAGGUGCGCUGGUACCAGCCCAACGGGUUUGACCACCCAGUUCUGCUCUACAAGGACCAGCAUAUCCAGCAGCAGGCCGCCGACCCUCGGUACACGGGUACUCGAGCGUCUCUGGUUGGGAACCUGGAGAACGGGAACGUCUCCCUGAAACUGGAGAACCUCACUCUGGCAGACAGAGGAGAGUACAUGUGCUACGUAGAGAGUGAUGUCUGGUACGAUAUGGCCAAGGUCAACGUAACAGUGAAAGUAGUGGGAGAUAUUCCUGUGAUGUCAUUUAGUGAUGCUGAUGAAAGCGGUCAGGUGACUGUUACCUGUGUGUCCGAUGGCUGGUCUCCUGAACCCUCUCUCUACUGGGCACUUGGAAAUGUACACGUACCAUCUAGAAACCAUCUCUUCAUCACAGGUGAUGAUGGUUUGGUGAGAGUGAGCUCCUGGCUGCUGGUCUCCCCCUCUGAGUCUGAGUGGGUCUCCUGCUCUGUGGGUCUGUCUGAUCAGGACAGAAGAGAGAGCAGAAUAGCACCACACUCCCACAAUUACAUGCAAGCUAUCAACAAUGUGCCCCCGUACCAUCACAGAUGCAGACCUUUGAGCUGUGCACUAAUAGCAAGUUGGACGAUCCUUCUCUUCAAUCUGGACAGUUUCCUAAUAUUAUUAUGAUUUUUGAUUGGUCUAAUACCGUUUUUGGGGUCUAAUCAUUAGUUAUGAAAAUGGUUUUCUGUAGUAGUUCACAACAUUUCCCUUGUUCCAGCUCUUUGAGAAGUUUUGCUAGCUUCAAAUACAAAAUAGUUGUAUAUUUUUCAUAAUAGUAAAAUUGAUCAGUUUCAACAUGUUAUAUGUUGUUUAUGUUGUUCAUGAGUUGAUAUUAUUUGCACACCAUCACAUUCUGUUUUCAUUUGUAUUGUACCUAACAUUUUUGGGAAUUGGGAUACAACCAAAAUAUAAUAUGCUAUUUGGGUUGCACUCUGUGCUAAGAAAUGAUACCUGCUUGAUUUUAGAUUAUUUUUAGUAGUACUAGCAGCAUUUGUAGGCUACUGAUUUAUUAUUUUACUUCUUUGGUCUAGUUUUGUUAACUGAUUACUUCUAG